UCUCUCUCUCUCUCUCUCUCUCUCUCUCUCUCUCUCUCUCAUCCACCACAUACUUCCAAAAUCACCAUCACAUAACAUACAUCUCAGAGAAGGUAAAACCCAAUCCAAAGAUUCUUAUCUCUUAUCCAAAUCCGGUUUCCAUCAAAACCUACUUCCAGGAUCAUCAAAACAACUCUCAGAUUUCAAUAUCUCAGCUCCUACUGUGAGUUAUCUCUCUUUCCCAUUCCUCUGCAUCCAUAUUACCUGUUUCCUCGGAGUAUGUGCUUGUUUUGAUGCCAUUUGCUGGACUAUUGCAUUGAUGAUUGAUUAAUUGCAUUGCAUCAAUCGUAUUGAGGAUGGAAGCUUUGCCUGAUGCGAUUAUCCAAUACAUCCUCUCCAACAUGAAGAACGCAAGAGACAUUGCCUCCUGCACUUGCGUCUCCAAGCGGUGGAAGGAAUCCAUGCCCUUCAUUCGGAGCCUCUACUUCCCUCGAAACUCAUUUGAUGACAACAGGACCGAUCCUGAUUCCAUCGUCGGAAGAAUGAUUUCAUCCACCGUUUGUUUAGAAGAACUCAUAAUCUACUGCCCCUUUUCCCAUUCAAGCCUCUCAUCAUGGCUGUUGAUGAAGAGCCCAUCCCUUCGACAUCUUGAGCUCCGUAUGGACAGUAUCUCUGAAAAGCGGAUAUCACCAGAAUUCCCUAUGAAAUUGGAUUGCAUUGAUUCUGCUAGAGGAUUGGAGACCUUGAAGCUUUGGGGUGUUUUAAUUAUUCAAUCUCCCAAUUGGGGUUUAUUUCAAAACCUCCGUAGUCUUGAAAUAGUCGGGGCAAGAUUGAAGGACAAUGCAUUGAUGGAUGCUAUUCGGGCGUGUCCGAGUCUAACCAACUUGGCAUUGCUUGGCUGUGAUGGUGUGAGAUCGGUUUCGAUCGAAUUACAACACUUGGAGCAAUGUAGGCUGGAUUUCUAUGGGCGUGGUGAUUGCUCCUUGUCUCUUAGCUCCCCAAAGCUUCAAUUGCUUGAUGUUCAAGGUUGUUGUUGGAUCCAAGUCAAUGGGAAUCAUUGCUUGCGGAAUCUCUCAAUUGCCAAUAAUGCCGGUCUGAAUCGAGUAACAACCUCGGUGAAUGAUGUUCCAGGUAAACUGUAUAAGGCAGAGCUUGGGAAGCUUGCAGCUCUUGAAUACUUAUCCAUCAGAGGGGUGCAGUGGUGUUGGAAUGCUAUAUUCUCCAUUCUUCAGAAUGCCAGUGAGGUUGAACACUUGGUUAUGAAGAUUGAAUUCUGUGGUGAUUUCAAUAAGCUGGACCCCUUUCCAGAAGUCGACUUGGUUGAUUUUUUCAACAGUCACCUGAAGCUACAGAAAUUUGAAAUUCAUGGAGCGAUGUUCGCUGCAUUGUCCCAGAAGAAUAGCUUAAGAAGGUUGGAUUCGAGAUUUUCAAUCCCUUGCUUGGAAGAAGUUGUGAUCACAGUAAGAUCACCACUGAAUGCAGAACAAAAACUCAGCACUCUCGAGUCGUUGGUCAAGUGCAGUAGGAAGUUGCGAAGGAUGGUGAUCAGGGUCUCACAGAUGAAGAGCUGCCAACACAGUGCUGAUGAUUUCUUUGAAGAGAUUUGCAGAUUCAAAUGCAUGAAUCAUAAGAUCAUCCGAAUUGAAUAAAUGGGCAUCGUUUAACUUAUGCCGCUUCACAAAAGCCUUUGAUUCUGAUUUGUAUUUAGGGGAAGAUGCCAUUAUUGGUUGUGAAUGCAUCUGUAAUUGCAACCUGAUUGAAAUUGACUAUUCUUUAGUUGAUUGAUUUCCUUA